AUGCUGCGGAGAGGCUUGACGGAGGGCUGGCGAGGGAGGAAGAGGUGGAGGCUGCGAGAGCUGGUGGAGGAGGUAGGAGAUCGUCUCUUUCUGCAAGGCCACGACGAGGAGGGUGCGCCGGCCCUGACGACGCUCAGAGACUUCAUGCGUGAGAGCCCGGACAGAGUCGGGGAGGCUCAGAUCUUUGAUCCGGCCUUCGAGGAGGACUGCCCUGAGCUGCUGCUCGACUUCGAUGUCCCUCCUGACUUUGCUGGGCGUAACGAUCUCUUCCACCUCCUUGGCCCUCAACGCCCAGACUUUCGUUGGUUCCUCGUGGGUCGGGCAGGGCAGCAAACGCCUUGGCACGUCGACCCGCUGGGCACCAGCGCAUGGCAUGCGCUGAUGGAGGGAGAGAAGCGGUGGAGGGUUCUGGAACCCAAGGACCUGCAUGCUUGGCAAGAGAGAGUGUUCGAAGCGAAGGAGAUGUCCAGUCGCAGACUUGUUGAUGAAGCGAAGCAGCAGGGGCAUGGUUGGAUUGAGAUCUUGCAGAGACCCGGGGAUGUGGUAGUGAUUCCGAGCAGCUACCCACAUGAAGUCACAAACUUGCAAGACUCUGUUGCUAUCACGCAGAACUUUGUGAAUGAGAGCAAUCUUGUGUACGCCUACAGGUUCUUGAAGAGAGCAUGUCCAGACAAAGCAGCGAGAUUCCAAGAGCUUUUGCAACAGCACAUGCCAGAUCUUUCAACGCUGAUACAAGAGAGAGGGUUUCGUGACAGCAGCAUGGUGACUGCAGGAGGCAAGAGACAAGAGCGUGAGAACUCACAUCUCAAAGAAUACACUUGA